AUGGCACCCCAUCCGCUCGUCGGCAAGGCUGCACCCUCGUUCGCCAUCCCUGACUCGGAUGGGAAUACGUAUGAGUUCAAGCCUGGUCAGGGGAAGCCCAUCGCGCUGUUCUUCUACCCCGAGUCUGGCUCAUAUGGAUGCACGCGCGAGGCAUGUCAGUUUAGGGACGCGUUGGCCGAGAAAGAAAUAUACAAGCGAUCAAACGUCCAGGUCGUCGGCGUCAGCCCGGAUAGCGUCAAGAAGCAAAAGGAGUUCGUCGAGAAGCAGAAGCUCACCUACCCCGUGUUGAGCGACGAAAAGCGCGAGGCGCACAAGGCGUACCAUAUCGGCCGCGGCAUCUUCGGUCUCACGGACGCGCGCACCACGUUCGUCAUCGACGGCCAGGGCAACGUGCGCGACGCCCUCGACGCGACGAUGAACUUCGCAGCGCACGCCAAGUUCGUCACCAAGUGGCUCGACACGCUCGCGGCCGAAGAGGCCAAGGCUGAGCCGGCCACCGAUCAUACGCCCACCACCGAAUCUAGGGAGGAGCUCGGUGCCGCUGCUGAGACUGUUUCUGCUUGA